CUGCGUACACCAAUCAUGGCGGCCUCGGCCAGGAGAGCUGCCACACAUGGGCGGGGCGCGCGCGCGAGAGAGAGCGCGGGGGGGGGGAACUUCCGCAUUGAGAACGAGGCUGGCGGAGACAGAGGAGUGGCCACGCCCCCUUCCCCCCUCCUGCGCCUGCUAUUGGCUCGGCCUCUCUCCCCCCCCCCCGCCCAUGGCACCCCGGGGCCGCUCGCGCUGCUGCGGCUGCCGCCUGGUCUCGCGCUGCAGCGCUCGGAGCUGCGGCUGUUGCCCCGGAGCGGCAGCGGGGGCGGGCGCGCGCCGCGGCCUCGGGCCAAGAUGAGCGAGCUGAGGCAGAGGCUCGGGCGGGAGCCCGACGGGGCCCAGGAGUCCGAGGAGAAGGAGUCUGAGUCAGAAAACAAGCUGGAUGGAGAGACCGCAUCGGACAGUGAAAGCAAAUCAGAGUUUGGAGGGGCCCCUCCUGCACCUACAUCAGAUGACACUCCCGAGGUCUUAAACAGGGCCCUCUCCAAUCUAUCCUCAAGAUGGAAGAACUGGUGGGUCAGAGGGAUCCUCACUCUGGCAAUGAUUGUAUUCUUCUUCAUCAUCAUCUACCUGGGUCCCAUGGUUUUAAUGAUGAUUGUGAUGUGUGUCCAGAUCAAGUGUUUCCAGGAGAUUAUCACUAUUGGCUACAAUGUGUAUCGCUCAUAUGAGCUGCCCUGGUUCAGGACCCUCAGCUGGUACUUUCUGCUGUGUGUAAACUACUUCUUCUAUGGCGAGACGGUAACGGAUUACUUUUUCACCCUGGUUCAGAGAGAGGAGCCCUUGCGAAUUCUCAGCAAAUACCAUCGCUUCAUUUCCUUUGCCCUCUACUUAACAGGCUUCUGCAUGUUUGUCCUGAGUCUGGUGAAGAAGCAUUACCGUCUCCAGUUCUACAUGUUUGGUUGGACCCAUGUGACUUUGCUAAUUGUUGUUACCCAGUCGCACCUCAUCAUUCACAACCUGUUUGACGGGAUGAUCUGGUUCAUUGUCCCAAUUUCAUGUGUGAUCUGCAAUGACAUCAUGGCCUAUAUGUUUGGGUUUUUCUUUGGCCGCACCCCGCUCAUCAAGCUUUCCCCAAAGAAGACCUGGGAGGGUUUUAUUGGCGGGUUCUUUGCCACGGUUCUGUUUGGACUGCUGCUGUCGUACUUGAUGUCUGGAUACCGGUGCUUCACCUGUCCUGUGGAAUUCAAUAACGACUCCAACAGCUUCACUGUGGAUUGUGAGCCAUCUGAGCUGUUCCAGCUACAAGAAUAUAACAUCCCCCUGGUGAUUCAGUCUGUCAUUCGCUGGAAAACAGUCCGGAUGUAUCCCUUCCAGAUCCACAGCAUCGCCCUCUCCACCUUUGCUUCCCUCAUUGGGCCCUUUGGAGGAUUCUUUGCUAGUGGGUUUAAGAGAGCCUUCAAAAUCAAGGACUUCGCCAACACAAUCCCGGGGCAUGGCGGGAUCAUGGAUCGCUUUGACUGUCAGUACCUGAUGGCUACCUUUGUCAACGUAUACAUUGCAAGUUUUAUCAGGGGUCCUAACCCAAGCAAACUGAUCCAGCAGCUUUUAGCUCUUCGGCCAGACCAGCAGGUCCACAUCUUCAACACGUUAAAGGCUCACCUUGUUGAUAAGGGUAUGUUGGCCAAUUCUGAGGACGCAUAGGCAUCCAGGCAGUUGGAACAGGACAGAAAAAGAGGGCAAGUCCCCCAAGGAAAUCCAAGCUCGCCUGACUUAAGACAAUAACAAGGCCUCGUUUCACUGUUGUUUUUUUCUUUCCUUGUAAAUGUUCGCAUUUGUGGGGUUUUGGGGUUUUUUAUAAUAUGUAUUUAUAUGCCUUUGGUUAAAAUAA